AUGCCAACUACACUAGUUACCGGAGGCACAGGCUACAUAGCCCUUCACGUCAUAAAGCUGCUCCUCGAGCAGGGACACAAAGUCCACACGACCGUGCGGAGCGUCAAAAAUUCCACCAAAUGCGAGCCCCUCUUCAACCUCCAGUCUCAAUAUCCGGGAAGUCUCUCCUUAUUUGAGGCAGACCUACUGAAAGAUGGUUCUUUUCUACAGGCCAUGGAGGGCUGCGAUAUCGUGCACCAUAUCGCAUCCCCGUUCUUAAGCCCCUCGCAAAUCAAGGAUGGGUUACGCGAGUGCGUGGAGCCAGCUCUCAGCGGAACCAGAAACGUACUCGAGUCUGUGAAUCAAUGUCAGGCUGUAUGGCGAGUUGUUUUGACGUCAUCUGUGGCUGCUAUGUACGGCGAUUCCAUGGACAUCCAUUCCGCCGAGAACAGCACACUCACCGAGUCUCACUGGAACGAAGCCAGCAGCGUGACUAAUAACCCAUACUACUAUUCCAAAGUAAUCGCAGAGCGCGAAGCCUGGAAGAUACACGCCGCCCAGGAUCGCUGGGACCUCGUGGUCCUGAACCCAGGAUUAGUUCUCGGGCCAUCAUUGUCGUCUGAAUCCGUCUCAGGCAGUCUCUUCAUGAUUGAUAACAUGUUUCGUGGGAAUGACCGCAUGGGUGCUGCGGAAUUGUACUUUCCUGUGGUGGAUGUGCGGGAUGUGGCUGAGGCGCAUAUCAGAGUUGGCAGUAUGCCAAGUGCUAAAGGGCGGUAUCUCAUUGUGGGGAGUGAGGAGACAUUCAGCAUGUUGGAAUUGGCAGAUAUGGUUCGGCCUGUGCAUCGGAAUCCGAGGGUUUUGCCUACUCGCUUUUUGCCAAGAUUCAUUGUUUACCUGGCUGGCCCGUUUGUGGGUGUUUCAAUUAAGUGGCUUGCUCGAAAUCUGGGCGUGAGAAUUGGUGUUGACAACAAGAGGAGUGUGAGGGAGCUGGGGAUGGAGUAUCGGUCUGUGGAGAGCAUGAUUAGGGAUCAUUAUGAGGCGUGGGUGGAAAGGGAAGAAGGUCGCUAG